AUGAAGAGAAACUGUGAUCAUUGUUUAUCUCUUAUUUCAAUCUUUGCUAAUCAAAUUCGAUCGAUUCGAGGGAUUGUAUUAGAAAAUGGAACAAUGAACGAUGCUCAACCUCAUAUAGAUCUUAUAAAUCAAUCAUCUAUUGACUUACAAAAAACUAUUAGCCAAAUUGAUUGUUUCUUUUCUACUGAUGAUAUUUUAGAAAUAUAUGACACAAUUGUUGCUACAGCAGAUGACUUUUAUCAUUCAUUAGAAGAAUUAAUUCAAGUAGCUACAUUAUCACUUACGGGUAAUGACAGUCAAGCAAAAUUACAAUUUAGUGAAUUAAUUAGAAAUGUAACUAAAUUCUUAUAUGGAUUAAGAGAAGGAUUAGGACAAUUACUUAAAAAAAUACCUGAAAUGAGAAUGGCAGUAUUAAAACCAAAAUUACGGGGAGACUUUUCUUCUAUUAUAGAAUUCUUAGGUAAUAUUAAUCUUCAUCUUAUUAAUAAAGAAUAUUCUUCAAAUAAUCAAGAUAUUAUUCAUUGUAAAGAAAAAUUACUUUCAUUGUGUUCAAUUGCUGUUGAAGAAGGUGCAUCAGAGGAAGAUAAAAAGGGAGUUAUUUUAUGUUUUAAAGAAUUUGUUAGUGCAUUAUUAGAAUUAAAAAAUAAAGAAAAUCCAACUCAAAAUGAUAUUAAAAAAGUGACUUCUUUUAUGGAAUUAUUUAAAAGAGCUAUUCGUAGUAUGGCAAUGGGACAUGUUGUUACAUUAAAAUCAUUUGAUUUAAAUAAACAAAAAGAAGAAGAACUUCAAAAAAAGAGAGAUGCUAUGGCUCAAGAGGAUAUAGAAAGAAUAAGAGAAGCAGAAAUUAAUAAAAAAAGAAGAGAAGAAGAAUCAAAAAUACUCCAACAAGAAAUUGAAGAAACUAAAAGAAAAGGUGAAGAAGGAAAGAAAGAAAUAAAAGAACAACAACGUCUUUUACAAGAACAAAUGAGACAAGGAGAAAUAAGAGAAGAAGGACUUAAAGAUAAAGAAAAAGAAUUAUCAAAGAAAAUACAAAAAUGUAGUCAAGAAUUAGAUGAAAUAACCACAAAAUAUAUUAUUGAAAAAGAGGAAUAUGAAAAAAUGAUUAUUCAACAAAAACAAGUUCAACAAAGUUCAUUAAAAGUUCAAGAAAAUAAAGAAAGUUUUGAUGAUUUAGAACGUAAAAAACAACAAAUGUUGUUAGAAAAAGAACAAUUAAAAACAAAGUUACAACGACUGAGAGGAAGUAAAAUAACUGUUAAAAAAUUAUCAAAUGAAGUUAAAGGUGAUUUAGCUAAAACUGCUCAAAGACAAAGAAUUCUUUCUAAAGAAUAUCCAUCUAAACAAUUGUCAGCUGUAGAAAUGAGAAAACAAUUAGAAAUUGAUAAAACUGCAAGAGAAUUAGUACAGAUGUCAGAUGAAAAUCAACCUACAAUUAUUGAAAUUGCUCAAAAACUACAAACAUUAUCCGAAACAUUAGAUUUAGAUAAUAUUGAAGAAAGUACUGAUGUUUAUCAAAUUUUAAAACAAACAGAUUUUAAUUCAAUUGCACUUAGAAUUACUUCACCAAAAUUUAGAAUAUCAUCAUCUAUUUCAUAUAUUGGACAUUUUGUUUCUGAUGAUGAAUAUGAUCCAGAAAAUAAAGAAGUAACUAAAAUGAUUGAAGACUAUGAAAAAGAAGCAUUUUAUAGUUUAGCUGAAAAAGCUUCUGAUAUUGCUACAACAGCAGAAGACAUGAUGUGUUUUGGAUCAUUAUCUGUUGUUGCUGAUUGUAAAGAAUCAACUGAUGAUUAUUUAAGUGAUUUAGCAGGAAGUUGUAAAUUAACACAAAAAGCAGUAAUUACAUUUAUGGAAGCUAUUCCAUCAAUUUAUAAACAUGGAUCUGAGUGUAAAGGUGAUGAAGGACUACUACAAAAAUAUGUUGAAUGUUUAGUAAAAAUUCCAGUUAAUUCAGGUUCUAUUACAGAAAAGAAAGAAACAAUUGAAUUUACAUAUUUUUAUGAACAAAUUAUUGAAAGAUUAAAAAGACAAGAAUUUAAACCUGUUAUUAAGCAAAAAUAUAUUGAAGCUAGCUUAGGAUUAGUUGCUAGUGUUAGUCGUAAAUAUAUUUAUCAAAUCAUUAAUACUAAUACAAAAAAAAUUAAGUCUAUUGUUGGACAAUUCUUAGCAAUGUCUAAAUGUAUUUCACAUUUAAAGCCUAAAGAUUUUAAAUACCUUCAAAAUACUAAAAAAUUUGAUUCAAAAGAAUUUGAAAAAGAUUGUGAUAAAGCUGAUAAAGAUUCUAAAGAACAAUUCCAAAAAGAAUUAUUUUAUAAUGUAAAUAUGCAACGAGGAUAUGACCUUGAAAUUCUUUAUAUGUUAGAAAUUGCUGCACUUGCAACUGAUUUAAUUAACACUAUUCAAGACUUUAUUGAUGCUGUUUAUACAGUAAUUGCUUUUAAUGAAAAAGAAGAUAAAUUAGAUGUUAUGGAUGAUUCAUCUCCUGUAGCUGAUGAAAUUAUUUCUGAAACAAAAUUAAUUAAAGUAAAAGAUGAUCGUGUAAUUUGUUCUUCAUUAAACCAAAUGAUUUAUAGAUUUGUAACAAGUUAUGAAUCAUUUAGAGAACAAUUUUUCCAAACAUAUCAAUCCUUUACUAAAAGCUCAAUUGUAUUAUCAAAAAUUGUAUCAAUGUAUCUUGGAAAUAAUUCUCUACAAGAACAAGUAAGGACUCAAUCAUUAAUUGCAAUUAAACAUUUUGUUGAUGAAUGUUUUAAUGAUUUAGAUUCAAAGUCUAUUGUUAUUGUAAAGAAGUUUAUAAAUGAAUUAAAAAAUAGAAAUGAAGAAAAAAAUGUACAAGCACUCAAUGCUGUGUUAUUAAGAAAAGAAACAGAAUUAAAACAUUUUAUUGCUGAAAGUCUUGUUCCACCAAUAGAUUUCUUUAUACCACAAGAGGCUGUUUCACCAUCAAUGUUAAUUCAGUUAUCUGAUAGUGCAGAAGUUGCUCGACAAUUAACAUUAGUUGCUUCUAAAAUAUUUAAUAAAAUCGGUCGUCAAGAAUUCUUCAAUAAAUCUUGGAAUGAUGAAUCUUUAUUCCCACAAUCAGUUAAUGUCAUAAGAAUGCUACGACAUUCUGAUACUGUUCGUGACUGGGUAAUUAGUUCUAUUUUAUCUUUCUUUUCUACAGAGAAUAGAGUAAAAGCUACUAUUCAUUUCAUUCAAAUCGGUGACUAUUUAAUGAAACUAAAUAAUUUCCAAUCACUGUAUGGUAUUGUUCAAGCCCUUGGACCAAAUGGUUGUAUUUCUCGAUUACAAGUUAUGGAUAGUAUUCCAUCAAAAUAUGCUAAGUUAUAUCAUCAACUAAAGAAAGCAGUGCACGAUAAAAAUGAUUACAAGAAUUAUAGGCAAAUAGUUUCUAAAAUUAAUGAACCUUACAUCCCAUUAAUCAACGCUUUCUUAAAAGACAUCGAAAAAUUUGAGGAUGAAAAUCCGAAAACAACAAAACUGGGUAAAAUUGAUGUCAUCAAUAUGAAAAGAAACGACUGUUUAGCUGACAUGGUAAAUCAAUUCCUCAGUGCCAAAGAAAAUCCUUACAAAAUUCCGAUGGUAGAACCUUUAUCAACUUUCCUUAACGAAAUGGUAAAUUUGAGUGGUAAACCUCGAGACGAAGUUGUUUCAAUGUGGAUCAAGUUAUUACCAAACUAA